AUCAUGUAAGGAUUAAUUUCAAUAAUUUUUUUUUAACAUCUUCAGAUAUAUUAAAUUGUAUACUUUCGCUAUAUAUAUUUAGAUGCUCUGGCUUCCAUUACAUACAUUUAUUUAAGAGUUCAUUACGUUGAAUGGACGCACUACUAAAUAUCUAGGUCAGAGUGCGCCAAUUUGGUACCAUAGCUUAGAUUUUUGAAUCUGAUUUUAUGAUUCCUAAUUUAGGAGCUUAGAAUCUAGACUGACUUGUGACAAUCACUUUUUUCUCACGGGCAAAACACGAAUGUUUUAAGACUCCGGGGAAGCAGUUGAUGCGUGAGUGUCAGCAGUGAAAGCUAAGAGACACUAAUCCUUCCAGUUGUUUUAACCACUUCCUAUUUCAGUCUGGAAGUGGAGGAUGUCACCAUGAACUUCAUGUACAAGUUACUUCGCCCAAGUGAAGUUUGCAUCUGCUUUGGGUGAUCAUCGACCGACUCAAAUAUACUCAUAAUCGUUUGGCAGAAUUCUUAAUUAGAGAAAUUGUCGACUACAUAGAGUCCCACCACUAUUAUUCCAGACGAAAACUUACUCAUUUGUAAAUCAUUUUGUUCCCUUAAAAUUCAUAUUUAUGGGGCCAAAUUUCAGGCGAUGCAGCUCAAAGUUAUCUUAUGUGAAAUCCAAUUUUUUAACUUGUGAAUUACCAACUCUCUAAUUACUUUCCUUGAUUAAACGGUGCUUCUUUCUUUUAACUUUACGUCUAAGUAAUCACAAUCAUGUCUUACAUCGAAAAGUUUUAUAAUUAAUAAAAAUACGUUCUCCAAAUUCAAAAUAAAAAUAGAGCAACAGUUUACUUAUACUAUUUUUUAUACCACAUAUUUAAUACUACAUAGUGAGACAAGUAAUGUGUAAUGGUCAUGUUAGUUGGUUUGUUUUAUUACAUAUGCUUUGAAUGCAUGAUAUAACGGAUCAUGUGGCACAAUUUGAACACAGAAAAGAGUUAACCAGCUGCACAUUUAUAAUAAAUGAAUGGUGGUGAUUUCUCCCGUGUAAUCUGAUGGCCAGUAAAUAAAACGAAUUAUUAAUUUUCUUUGAGAACGAGCAGAUAUUAUUUAAAGUUACAGCUUAGGUGGUUGUCAAAAGUAAGCUUAUUGAUUUACAUUUACCAGCUCUUACUCUAUCUGACAUAUAAUAAAAUUUCUCCAAGCGGUUGGUUUGGUAAUAAUAAGAGCUUCAGCUGGGUUUGUAUUACGUUCGGCCUAUGGAGUCCUAUGUUUCCAUUUUCUGACCUCUUGCACUCGAAUUGAAUUUCCUCUAUAGCUAGCAGCUGCAAGUAUGGUUUGGACCGUGACAUUUGAAUUAGUAGGUAAACUUCUAACUGUGAAAUUUCAGCAAAAAUGCAAAACCCUGAGAACAUGCUUAGAGAUUUUUUAUGGGAAAUUUACAAUAAGUAAACCCUAAUAGUAUCACCUACCAUGACCUGGCGAUACAGCUACGUAUUAAAUUAUUUAUUUCACUAUAAGUAAAGAGGCCAAGUUAUGGCCAACUUACCCAUUCCACAAUCACCCGUCCCAUGCAAGUGCAAUACACGUCCUUAAAAAAAGAAGCCAAUCCAUAAAAUUACAAGAAAAAUCCAUAGAAUUAGAAGCUGAGGGGAACGCCCUUAAUAACAUGGGUCUUUUGAAGAUUUGGGUCACCCUUCUUAUGACUCCUUGUGCAAAUUUUUCGGGGAGGAAAUGGAAUCUGCUUGACAUUGUCACAGCUGGUAUGUUUCUGAGUGUGCAUGUUCUUUGUUUGUUUGCACCGUUUUACUUCACUUGGACAGCAUUUUGGGUGGCGCUUGUGCUGGCGUACGUCACUGGUUUCGGAGUCACUCUUUCUUACCAUAGAAACCUUGCUCAUCGGAGCUUUAGGCUCCCAAAACUGCUCGAGUACUCGUUUGCCUAUUGUGGGGUUCUCUCAGUUCAGGGUAGCCCGAUUGAGUGGGUGAGCACACACCGGUACCAUCACCAAUUUACCGAUACAGAGAAAGACGCUCACAGCCCACUUAAGGGAUUUUGGUAUAGUCACAUGGGUUGGAUUCUAGACAGCCGUUCUCGGUUUGGAAGAUACGGAGGUCUUCGGAAUGUUGAAGACAUGAAGAAGCAGCCAUUCUAUGUGUUUCUUCAUCACACUUUCCUUCUACAUUCAUUUCUUCUUGGAUGUAUACUAUAUUACAUCGGUGGAUUUCCCUUCGUGGUUUGGCCAAUGGGCGUGAGGAUGGUGAUUAUUUUCCAUAGCACUUUGUUUGUAAAUUCGGCUGGCCACAUGUGGGGAAAUCAGCCAUGGAACACCGGCGAUCUCUCUAAAAACCUUUGGUGGUUGGGGUUGGUUGCACUUGGAGAAGGAUGGCACAAUAACCACCAUGCUUUUGAAUACUCAGCUCGACAAGGCCUCGAAUGGUGGCAGAUUGACGUGACUUGGUACCUCAUAAAAUUUCUUGAGGCUCUAGGGUUGGCAACAGAUGUGAAAACACCAUCCGAGGCUCAUAAGCAACGUAUGAAGGCUAAAUCCAUGGCUGCUCAAGAAUAGUAAAGAUAUACUUAUACAGUGACAAAACCACAUAAGCGCGAGCAGUUGUGGCCCCACUUCCGAUCAUCGAAAAUCCACAUGAAGAGCAAGGAAUUCAUCCCUCUGAACCUCCAUAGAAGGUGUUUGAAAUGCCCGGAUGAAGGCAUGUUGAUGCUCUCAGCUACUGCGUGCGGCCCUUUUCAUUUUUAAACCCAAGCCGAAACAACGAGGGCCAUAUUUCUAUGUGCCCUUUUUUUCUUUUUUCAGCGCAAGUGUUAACUAGAGGCGUUGCUGCCGUUGUUCUCUAAUAAUUAUGAGGUUCCGGGUUCGAAUU